CAAAUUUAUAACUUAUAAAGAAUACUGUGGGUGUUGUUUGUGAACAGGACAGCCAUGAAUUCUCUCUGAUUGCCUUCCAUUUUGCAAAAACGAUAAGGAAGAGGAAAAAUGCUGCACGAGCUCUUACUAGCACUUGUUGGUUACACCGGAGAUCUCAUAAUCGACGAGCGAGAACACUAUAAAUCUCUUGGCCUUCACUUAUCUCCCGACGCCCCCAUCUCCGACCAACGUUCCUUCAAGCUUGCUUCCGAUAUUUCCUUCAUCGACUCCAGCGAAAGGGAUCUUAUCGAGAGGCUAAUUACAUUGGGGUUUUAUUACCGAGAGCUCGAUCGCUUUGCCACGAAAGCCCGGAAUUUAAGCUGGAUAAGGUCCGCUGAUGUUUCUCCUUUGGAGAGAGCCGCUGGGUUGUCCAAACCUAAGACCGAGAAGCCAAGCGUUUAUCGCAGAGCCAUUGCUAAUGGGCUGGUGGAAAUACUCUCUGUCUAUAGGUCUGCUGUUCUUCAAAUCGAGCAGAAAUUGUUGUCGGAAACCAUGCCCAUUUUGGCAACUGUCACUCAGGGCCUCAAUAAGUUCUUUGUUAUUUUGCCACCUUUGUACGAGCUUAUUCUAGAGAUCGAGCGUGAUGAUAUACGUGGAGGACAGCUUCUUAACCUUUUACACAAACGCUGCCACUGUGGGGUGCCUGAAUUGCAGGCCUGCAUUCAAAGGCUUCUUUGGCAUGGUCAUCAAGUGUUGUAUAACCAACUUGCAUCAUGGAUGGUUUAUGGGAUUCUUCAAGACCAGCAUGGAGAAUUUUUCAUUAGAAGGCAGGAAGAUAGAGGUGUUGACUAUCGCUCAUCUAUCUCGGAUAUGUCUGAAAAGUUGGCACGCUUGUCAACUGAUGAUACAUCUUUAACGGAUUGGCACUUGGGCUUUCAUAUUUUCCUGGAUAUGCUCCCUGAGUAUAUCCCUAUGCGUGUUGCAGAGUCGAUUCUUUUUGCUGGGAAAGCCAUCAGGGUUCUCCGAAACCCAAGCCCUGCCUUUCAAUUUCGGGAUGCUCUGUAUAAUCAGCAGAUAAAAAAAGGCUCUCAAAAGGUUCAAGGAUCUUCUGGGCGUGUUCCCUUCCAGAAGGAGCCUUUCCUGGAUAUAAAAAUGGUUGGAGAAGAAUUGCUUCCACAAUCUGAGGCUGAUAAGAUUGAAACUAUGCUUCAAGAUCUAAAGGAAUCAUCAGAAUUUCACAAAAGGUCAUUUGAAUGCUCAGUUGACUCUAUCCGGGCUGUUGCAGCUAGUCAUCUUUGGCAGCUUGUGGUUGUACGUGCCGACUUGAAUGGGCACCUGAAGGCUCUAAAAGACUAUUUUCUUUUGGCGAAAGGAGACUUUUUCCAGUGCUUUCUUGAGGAGAGCCGGCACUUAAUGCGCCUGCCACCUCGCCAGUCAACUGCUGAAGCUGAUCUUAUGGUUCCAUUUCAGCUGGCAGCCAUAAAGACUAUUAGUGAGGAAGACAAAUACUUUUCGAGAGUAUCUUUGCGGAUGCCUUCAUUUGGGAUCACAGUAAAAUCCUCUCAAGUAGAUUUACCAAAGACAAAAACAUACACUGAUGGAAGUUCAGGUGCUGUACUAUCAAAUGCUUCUUCAGAGACAUCACUUGAUGGUUGGGAUGGUAUUGCCCUUGAAUAUUCUAUUGAUUGGCCCUUACAGCUGUUCUUUACCCAAGAAGUGCUCUCCAAGUACCGUAGAAUUUUCCAGUACCUGCUGAGGCUCAAACGAACACAAAUGGAAUUGGAGAAAUCCUGGGCAUCUGUUAUGCAUCAGGAUCACACAGAUUUUGCCAAACACCGCAAUGACCGGAUGAACUGCUCAAUAUCUCAGCCACGGCGGCAGCGUUGUAGACCAAUGUGGCAUGUUAGAGAGCAUAUGGCAUUUUUAAUCAGAAAUCUUCAAUUUUAUAUCCAGGUUGAUGUGAUAGAAUCUCAAUGGAAUGUUUUGCAAUCUCAUAUUCAAGAUUCUCAUGAUUUCACUGAACUUGUGGGUUUCCAUCAAGAGUAUUUAUCAGCUUUAAUUUCUCAGUCUUUCUUGGACAUUGGCUCUGUGUCAAGGAUAUUGGACAGCAUCAUGACGGUUUGCCUGCAGUUCUGCUGGAAUAUUGAGAACCAAGAAAGCAGUCAAAACACAUCUGAACUAGAACGUAUAACCGAGGAAUUUAACAAGAAAUCAAACUCGUUAUAUACCAUAUUGCGCAGUAGCAGGCUUGCUGGGAGUCAGCGAGCUCCAUUUCUGAGACGUUUCCUUUUGCGUAUGAAUUUUAAUUCCUUCUUUGAGGCAACUGCAAGGGGUGUGCUGAAUGUUGUCAGACCACGCCCAUCGCUUCCUGUUUUAAAUCAGCGAUAGCAUUUGAUUAUAUGAAAUUUCUGAAGUAGCUUGUCUGAUUCUUAUUUGAGUGUUCCUUGUGGUGCUGCUGUCUCCUUUCAUGUUUGUUUGUGGGAGGAUGGUGCUUUACUGCCCAGACUGAGGUGCAUACUUGUUUUCAGCUUUAUGAAUUCCCAUUAACCAUCUCAAAUCAGUUACUACUGCAUAAGUUAUCUGACUUGGAGUUUGCUGCUUGCUCCUUGUUGACCAUUGAGUAACCAUAUCUGGGAAGUUAGAUAUCAUUGUGGGUAGCAGGCUCGAGGGUGCAGUUUAUUCUCAGCGGUAAGCAAGCCCUUGGCAGAUAAGCCAUGCCUUGCUAGGUAGCUGGAGUUUACGAGACCUGUAUUUGGCUUGGACUGGCUACCCUUUUGUGAUAAGGUGGUGCAUUGACGGUUGGUUUCUUUCUUUUCUUCUCUUUUCGUUUUU